UCUAUAUAAGAUAAUGACGGGGCUUGUAGUUUAGAUCUAGCCUGGUCUCAUAUAGAGCAUAGACCAGCUCUUUACUAUUCAAAGUUUAUGAUGCAAAAACUAAUCUUAAUUGCCCUUCUGGGCUUUGUCUUCAUAGCGAUCACAGGAGCUGAAACUGAAGAGAACAGUUUUGAUGUUAUUGAAGCAGAAGUCCUGGAGGUUAGGAUGGUUAGAGCUCCACGAAAGAAUGGAAAUGAAGAUGACAAUGGCGAAAAUACAGACAAUGAUGUUGAUGACAAGCUAAACAAAAGGCAAAGACAAAUAAUUAAACAAGCAAAUCAAGACAAUGAAAGCAAUGGAAAGGGUGAAGGAAAUAGCAAAGAAAAUGAUAAUGAUAAAGAUGGCAAGAAGAAUCUUGACAGAGGGACAAAAAAAAAUGCUAGACAAGCAAAAAAAAACCAAGAAAGUGGCAAAGGUCAAGGAAAUGAUAAUAAUAAAGAGGGAAACAAAGGAGACAAGAAAGCAGCCAGAAAAGAAAGAAGACGACAACUAGCAAAAUCACAUGUUAAGCAGAAAGUCAACAAAAACGACAAUUAUGAAAGAAAAGGUAAAUAUGGAAAGGGAAAUGAUGAGAGAAAACCAAAUGGAGAGGGUAAAAUACAUAAGGGAAAUGUGGGCAGAAGGCAGAGGAAAGGUAAAAAAGCAGAAAAAAAACAAGAUAAAGAUGGAGGUAAGGAAGAACAGGAAAAUGUUAACUCAAGUAAUUUAGGAAAACGUAAAAAUAAAAUCAAGGCCAGAAAAGAAAAGAAAAACCCCGCUGAAACUGUUAAACAAACAACAUGUCCUGUAUCUGAUCUAUGUGUGACUACUGCUGUAAACUAUCUUAGAAUUGUACAGAACCAGGUUGCCAACUUCAAAAAUCAAAAGGCAAGAAUUGAGCGACAAAAUACAACAGGUUUCAGAAAGAACGAAAAAAAAGAUGUGUUUGCAGCAGCUAACAACAGGCUUGUUGAAUUUGCUGGAGGCAAUAAAACUGCUCCAACCUGUGGAACUCUGACCACUGGAGCAGGAGUUAAUAACAUCAAGAACUUGACUGACACACUUAACAAGUGCUCUGAUAACAUCAAGGCUGCCUGUGACAUUCCAGCUCUCCCACAACCAAACACAACCUUUGUGGACGAUUGCACCAAAAAGACAGAAGCUUUUGAAGCUGGAGUUGAGGAGUGUAGAAUAAAGUCUGGAGCUGAAGCCUGUGCAUGCUGGACUGCCCCCGCGCUUGGAGCUGAUAUUGCCACCAUAAGGACAUGCUCACUUGCUGAUGAAGCAAAAGCUAUGGCUGCUGCAGUUACAUUAUGUAAAGCUGCUUUUUCAAACUGCCGUAAGACUGAGGAUGAUGUUGCUGGAGCUAUCCAUGCAUGCAGUGUGAGCACUGAUGGUUUAAAAAGUAAACUAAAGAGUUUAGCAGCAAACACAGAUGCAGUCACCAAAGCAAAGGACAAGAUCAAUGCAAUCAUCAAUAGUAGACAGAUGGUAUCAAGACAAGCUGCUGCGUCAUGUGCCGAGAUUGUUUCCAAAGCUGCAGAGCUGAUUAAACUUUUAAAUGAUUCCCCUGCAUCGCCCAAAAUAGUUGGGUUAGCUAAUUCUAUUUCAAACUCUACUGCUGUUUGCAGUGCUGCAGAGAAAACUUCUUUAAGGACUACAGCUACUCAGUUGGAAAGCGGGCUUGCAUCCAUUGCUGCUGAAGUAGCAGCCGCCCAAGCAACUUUACUUGCGGUCACUGGAACAACUGCAUCAGCAAGUGUCAUUCAAGCAGCUCCAAGUUGCACUACUGACACUUGUGCAGCACCCCAAAUAUCUGAUUCAACCGUAGCUCCUACAACCACCACCCCUGCUCCAACAACUACUAAGGCUCCAACUGGUAGGAGGAGAAGACAGGUUGUAGAAGAUAUCCUGAAGAGCAAACUUCUUUAAAUGUGUAGACAAACAUUUAUGAACUGGACAAUGGAUACUGAAAAAUGGAACCUAGUAUGUAAAUCUUAUAUUUUAAUUCAAUAUUUUAUAAACUUUGGCAGAUGUCUUUAUCAAGCAUAAGGGCAGUUAUUUAAAAAUAAUUGUUUACUUUAAUGUUUAACCUGUAACUACAAAUGACUUUGACUUUAUAACUGACUUGUCAACUGACACAUUAAUUGUUCAAGCUAGUGACUAAAUAUGACUUUGAUAUUAUGUAACUGCAAUACCUGAAAUAAAUCCUAUGUUUUGGGCUUUU